GCUAUGGCCAUUUAGUGGCCUGCAAGUUGUCAAAACCGAUUGAAGCUGAUAAAAGCAUAUAUCUGUCAAAAUGAAUCUUGACGCUUAUCUGUACAGUUCAAGGUCAAUACCCUUGGAGAGUGCGCGUAUGUUUAUCGUGAAGAGGCUUCGAAACCUGGGCUGGGGCAAGAUGGCUGAUAAAGAAGUCGUCGUGGAUGUCGGUUGUGGCCCUGGCGGAACCACAAGGAAAUUGAUCCUACCGCUGUUUCAAAACUGCCCAAGAAUAUUCGCAAUGGAUGCACUCCCUGACAUGAUUAAACUGGCCAAAAAGCAAAAUUAUAGUUCACAGAUUGCAUACAGCGUGGCUAACAUUGAAGAAUGGUCCUCUCUUGAGCGCUGGGAGAAUCAAAUAACAAAAUUGGUGUCUAUCCUUUGUUUUCACUGGUUGAAAGACCAGCGGAAAGCAUUCCAGAAUGUCUACAAAUUGCUACAAAAGGGAGGAGAGGCAGCCUUUUUCUUUGCACUGCAAACGACAUUCCAUGCUACAAUCUUAGAAAUGCAAAUGAGAUCUAAAUGGAGCCAUUUAUUUAAAGAAGUUGAAAACUACGUUCCAGAAUCUCAGUACAAAGGGCACGAUGCUUCUUAUUACAAGAAAAUGCUGGAAGAUAUGGGAUUUGAGGUACUAUAUUGUAAAGGCGAAGAGAAAAUUGAUAUAUUUUCUUCUGAGGAAGAAUUUCGAGAGUUCUUCACUUCAAUCUGUGUUCUGAGAAAGCACGUACCUCCGGAGCAACUGAAGGAGUUUGAGAACGAUUUUAUUGAAGCCCUCAUCCAAAAGAACGGACGAAUCAGUGGAAUUCCAUUUCAUAAAGGAAAUUUUAUCGAGAUUGUCGCCAGAAAAAAAUGAAUAAUUAAAAAAAUAAUUUAAUUGAGUUUAGUCAAAAAAUAAAAAUAUAUAUAUUUA